AUGACCUGGGGUCCUAGAGCUGCGAGCAUUUUGCUCUUUCUCUGGGCAUGGUGCAUGAGUUGGUAUAAGCUGGGCUUCUACACUUAUCAGCUAUCCGCUGGAAGUGGACACAUUGAAGUUCGCGCACCUCUCUACAUGUUGAUUGUUGGACUGGCGAUCUCCAACCUCCUCGGCUGCCAUUACUUUUUGCAGCAGGAGCGCUACGUGAUGGCUGUUUUCGCCGGAUUGGGCCUGGAUGUGCCCUUCACUGCUGUGGUAAAUCGCCGCGCAAUUCUGCAGGAUGAAGCCUGCCCAGACUUUGAAACCCUGCAGAUCCGCACGACCGUUUGGCGGAGCAUACCGCUUGCAAUGAUCUCGCUGUACAUGGCCGCGAGAAGUCUCAUCGAGAUGCCACUGUGCCAAGCAGCAGUGAUCUUAACGCUUCCAGCGAUCACACAUCGAAUUGGUGAUUAUACUCACACAUCCGUGUUUCAAAUCUUCACUGAGUUGGAAUGGGAAGAUAUCGAUGUAGUCUACGGUGGUCGGUAUCGGAACCCGAUGGGCAAUCACACCAGAAGAAUGCUCACAGACAUUAUCUGGACAAAUGUUGAACCUUCCAACUACCUAUGGAAAGAGGCCAGAUGUGACCUCUCGCAAUGGAGCAGAGAAUAUUGCCCUCAAGACCAAGCAGUACUUAUCCCAACAACUUCUGUGCCAAAAGAAGGCUAUGGCACUAUUGGUCACGGGAAUUUGCGUGCUGCAGGAGUGGCUCUGGGGCAAAUGGCAAGACAAGCUCUCCUCACAACCGGUGUGGACCUUCAGCAGACUGUGGCCGCACUGAUCGGAGGCAUUGUCAAGCGCAAAAAAGGCUCCUCUUGGGGCACAGCUUUUACUUGGGGUCUGAAUUAUGCAGCAUCAUGGGAAUGGAUAGUUGACAAGAUAUUUGACAUGGUGCAAAAUGCUUUGGACUUCAGCACUGCCCGCUCAAAGUGGCCACGCCAAUCUCGGAGCCUGUGGCAAAUUCCAGUAGCUGCUGCACUACUUGUCUCGUCGUCUUUGCCAUUGGUCAAAGCCAUCAAGCGUGCUCGAUCGAUUGAGGUCAAGAGCGACCAGCUUCUUCUGGGGCUACAUGGUGCACUUGACGUUCUGAUGCUUGUGAUCUUCAUGCUGCUGUGUUUUAUUGGGCCCGCCGUGGAUUCCUUGGAGAGAUUCGGCUUGAGGAUUGUGAACUCAUUUGUAGAUCUGUUGCUCCAAGAAGCUGCAAAGGCGUAUCAAAACAAUUUGGGACUGAAGAUCUUUGACUUUUUGGAGCGCGGCUGUGGUCAAGGGACCGUGUAUCACGCUGACCACGCUUGCCAGGACGAGUUUCCAGUCUUCGAGCACUAUGUCCAGAACCAUUUGCUGGAAGCCUACCAGAAUGAGAUGCAGGUCUUCCUUGAUGCGGUGCACGACCUCUCAGUGCCAGAUUCCGAUCUCCUUCUGCAGGCCCUUGGCUUUUGCAUUUUCUUCGCCCUCUCAGUCCUCAUCGCUCGUGUCUUGCUGGGGAAGAUGAGGCUCUCCACUGCAGGAUUGCUGAAUGUUGGAAUUACCGGGCCCAUGCACCUCGCCGCACUUGCUCCCAAGUCGGAUCUUGAGGAGGUGCUUGAAAGCAUCACCAUCUUGAUCCCACUGCGUGGCGCAAUAUUGACCGUAGUUUUGUACGCAGCAUGGGGCAGCCGAAAUCCAGAACCAUUCACAGCUUUUGCACUGAACCACCCAGUGAACCUUUUCAACCUUCAGUUUGCUUGGUUGGUGCUUUGGUUCGCGCAUGUGUUCACUGGUUGGCUGGGUGUGUCUGCGCUACGAUCCUAUGUGCCUUCAGAUGAGGAGUUUGCCAGAACAAAUGCCAUGCAGCCUGCAGACUAUGGCGCCACUGGCUCCAUCCUCUAUGCCCCACCUGGAUUGACUGACAAUUUAGGACCACCUGGUUUCAAACGCGAAGAUGUUUGA